CAUAUGAUCCUGUCAUUCUUCAAACACGAUAUCGUAAAGAUUUAGCAGGACAACUUGGAAAUCUGGUAUCACGUAGUACUUCUUUGGCACUUAAUCCCUCAUCAACGGUACCAUGUAAACCAUUAAUUAUUGAAGGCGUAAACGAGAAAGAUAUGACUUUAUAUAAAAUGUUACAACAAUUACCAGAUCUAGUAAGUGAUCAUUAUAAAAACGUAGAAUUUGGCAAAGGUUUAGAAUUAAUUUUUGAGACUAUUGCUGAGGCCAAUAAACAUUUCACGGAUAAUGAACCAUGGAAUUUAAUUAAGGAUCCAAAUAAAAAAGAGAUUUUAAAUCGUGUAUUAUUCUUUGCUGUUGAAACUGCUAGAAUUUCGGGAAUUUUAUUACAACCAAUAAUGCCAACAAAAAUGAAAGAGUUGUUAGAUAUGAUUGGUGUUAGUAACGACGAAAGAAGAUGGGAGCAUUCCAGAUUAGGAAGUGGAUGGCAAGUUAAAGGUGGAGGAAGU